AAUAGGUUACAGACACUCCUCCUAUGCCUGUGCAAUAGAACGGAUGACAACCAUGUAUCGCUGGUCUCUCUUUGCAUUGCUCUUUGUCACCUGUAUGGAAGUUUCCCUACAGAAGAAAACAAGGAAAGGCACUCAAACUCUCUCAAGAGGAUGGGGAGAUUACAUUGCAUGGGUCAAUACCUAUGAGGAAGCCCUGAUGACAAUGAAAGAAAGUAAGAAGCCUCUGAUGGUCAUUCAUCACAUGGAAGAUUGUCCUCAUAGUCAAGCUCUGAAGAAGGCGUUUGCUGUUGAUAAAACCGUACAGAAAAUGGCCCAAAAGGAUUUUGUUAUGCUCAAUUUGAUGCAUGAGACUACAGACCGUAAUCUGGCAGCAGAUGGCAACUACGUUCCAAGAAUCAUCUUUGUUGAUCCAUCCAUGACCGUGCGUUUAGACCUUGUUGGGAAGUACAGUAAUCGCCUGUACACCUACGAGCCGAGCGACAUCCCAUACUUGGCCAAGAACAUGAAAAAAGCCAAGCUUCUACUGCACACUGAACUGUGA